UAUAACAUUGAAAAGCAAAUAUUAAGACAACGCUAACGCGGUAACACAUAACGGCGGCUCUUCAUACUUUUAUGAAUCAAGUAAUCAGAAAUUUUCAAAACGGAUUUUUUAACGUGUUCGGCGUGUUUAAACGUCAUCGAAGAAGAUAUAAUGACAGCCAGUGGCAGAUAUUUAUAUAUGCUGUUAAUAACAACAUUAUUACCAAUGGUGGUCAUAGCUAGUAAUACACAUAUGCUGCCAGCAGCUCGCAAGAGCGGCGGCUGUUUGCGUAGUUUAUCUACAUCAUCAGCAGCAUUGUCCUCAAGCUCAUCGAACGCAAUGCAGGGAUUUAUGGAAAAUCGCAUCUCCACGCUGGCUUCACAAAAUGUUUGGACAAAAAAGUUCCUGGCAAAGCGCGAAGCGGAACCUCAUUCAGCACCCUCUGUGGUAUCCAUACAAUUGAUGACUCCCGACGAGGGUUUGGUGCAUUACUGUGCGGGCACCAUCAUAAAUGAACAUUGGAUAUUAACUGCUGCCCAUUGCCUAACAAAUCCCCAGAUGGUGGCCAAUUCGGUAAUAGUGGCCGGUUGUCAUGACAUUCAUUCAAGCGAUGAAAGCCACAAUGUACAACUACGCCACAUUGACUACUUUGUAAGCCAUGACCUAUAUUUGGGCGGUGCCAAUCCCUAUGACAUCGCCUUGAUCUACACCAAAGAACCAUUGAUCUUUGACAAAUUUGUGCAACCAGCAAAUUUGCCCGAACAAGAUGCAAUGCCCGAUGGCUAUGGCACCCUCUAUGGCUGGGGCAAUGUCUCAAUGACCAUAGUGCCCAAAUAUCCCCAUAAACUGCAGCAAGCCAAUAUGCCUAUACUGGACUUGGAGUUGUGUGAACAAGUGUUGGCCUCUUCGGGCAUGCAGCUGCAUGAAACAAAUCUUUGCACAGGCCCCCUAACAGGAGGUGUGAGCAUAUGCACCGCCGAUUCAGGUGGCCCACUAAUGCAAGACGAGCCCACUGAUAUGUAUGGAGAAAACGCACAUACCAUCAUCGGUAUAGUGUCAUGGGGUAAAAUGCCCUGCGGCCAAAGGAAUGCCCCCUCGGUGUUUGUGCGGGUUUCGGCCUUUUCAAAUUGGAUACAACAAGUCAUCAGCACAGCUACACAAUUUGAGUGAAGGAAGAAAGCAAGCAAACAAAAAGCAAGCAAGAAAGCAGAAUCAAAAGGAAUGUUCCUCUCUAAACAAAGACUUUGAAAAGAUGAAACUCGAAUUGUGUUAGUUAAGAUAAGCCAAGCCACAACAAAUCAAUUUAUUUAUUUUAUAUUAUAAUAUAUACAUACCUAAGACGAAUCUCAUAGUCUUAAGUUAAUAAAAAUUGUAUUAAGGCCUUAAAACAAAACAAUAUAAAAAAAAUCUCAAAGUA